GAAAUCAUCUCUAGAAAUUAUUACGACUGACACUUAGUACACAAAAAUCAAACCAUUUGAAGGAAAGUUAUUCAGGGUGGUAUCUUAUUGUUUUUUUUAGCUCACUGUAUAUUCUCAUACAACUGCGAAGAGGAAAAGGGACGGAGAGACGGUCAAAACAUGGAAUCGGUCUUCUCCCCAGGUGGCAUAUUCAAGCGUUGCGAUCGCAAAUGACUCGCUAGAGAUCGCAGAUGAGUUUCAAUAUAUAUUUGUGUUUAAAAUGGUUCUUGAGAUGAGCAGACGUAGGUUAUUAAAAACGGAUCCAAUGAAAAUACAAACAAAGCAGAAGAUACCUAACCUGACCAGUCCACUUCAUUUGAAAGUUAAAAGGAGUUAGCCAUAAUUAAUUACUUAAUAAAUCCAGGAUAACUCAUGAUUAAAAUUUACUUCGUUUGUGGUAAAUAUAUUUCUUGCCUGUCAUACUUCGCAAUCGUUUGUCUUACUUCUGUUUACAUUUGUUGGAUAACUUCUUGCAACAUCUAGACUACAACUUAAAUCGUUACAAUUGUAAAUACAUUUUUGCUACAUGGACUGAGGAAAUUGCUGAAUAAGAACCAGAAUCAGCUUCUGAAUUAGCACAUCACUUAACAUCGAUUUAUAAAAAUUUGAGGAAUGCAACUUUUUAUUAUUCUUCAUCUUUUAAAUAAUAAUUUGAUUUGUUGACUUUUUCCUGCAAUCUUACCCAAGCUAACAAAGUUGCUUUAAAGAUAUUUGAUUUUUCUUAGUCUUUCUUAUUUGAUUUGUCUAAUUCUUUUUAUCUCAUAAUUCAUUUUUUUUUCUUAGUCUUUCUUAUUUGAUUUGUCUAAUUCUUUUUAUCUCAUAAUUCAUUUUAAGUUUUUUAUAUAUAGCUUUCCAUGUACGUAUGUUAGUUGUUUCGCAUUUGGACAUUUAAUUUGACUUUUAAAACUAUGUCAGAUUUUUUAGCCUGUUCUAUUACUAAAAAUUAUUCAUCUUAUAUUACUGUUGUAAAGUAUACUAAAAUGUAUUAACUUAAUUUAAAAUUAUAUAUUUUAUAUCACUGUUGUCUGGAAAUUAUGCUAUAAGUUUGCCUCAUAAAAAUGUUAGUCUUACGAUAAUAAGCUUUUUCUUCUCUUUCAACUAAAUGCCCCAAAUACUUGGUUGAAAUAAACAUUUAAAAAAAUGUCAAUUAUUACUGCAGAUGUCUCAGAAAGCCUUGAUCAGAAUAUAAUGAAAUCCUAUCCAUGCAAUUUGUGUAGUAGAAACUUCUCAAGUGAGGAUCUUUUAUCUAAACAUUACUCUGUUCAUACUAAAGAGAAACCUUAUUCCUGUGAUGUAUGUAAUAAAUGUUUCUCACAAAAAAGUAGUUUAAAUAAUCAUAAUGUUGUUCAUUAUCGAGAGAAACUUUUUACUUGUGGUGUAUGUAAUAAAGGCUUUGUGCAAGAGAGUAGAUUAAAUGCUCAUGUUAAAAGACUUCAUAGAUUGGAUAAUACCAAUGAAGAACCUUAUUUUAUAGAAAAAUGCAAUGGAAGUUUUUCACUGGAAAAAAGUAUCUUUACCCAACAGCUCCCUCAUACGAAGGAAAAACCUUUUUCUUGCGAGAAAUGUGACAAAAGCUUUUAUAGAAAGAGUCAUUUAAAAGUUCAUAUGCUUUUUCAUACUGGUGAAAGACCUUUUUCUUGUGACAUUUGUAAUAAGGGUUUUUCCCGGAAAGGUCAUUUAAUAACUCAUAAUAGUGUUCAUACUGGAGAAAAACCUUUUUCCUGUGAGAUAUGCGGUAAAAAGUUUUCCAGAAAGAGUAAUUUAAUCACUCAUGUAAAUAUUCAUACUGGAGAAAAGCCUUUUUCUUGUGACCUGUGUCCAAAAAGUUUUACACAGUUGGGAAACUUGAAACUUCAUAGACUCAUUCAUACUAACAAAAAACCUUAUUCUUGUGAUAUCUGUAACAAGCGUUUUUCAAAGAAACAAACUUUAUUUUCACACAUUCUUCUUCAUACAAAGAAAAACACUGAGUCUUGUGACAUGAGUACUGAGAGCUUCUCGCAAAUGGAGAAUGUUCAACAAAUUAGUCAAUUAGAUAACUCUCAUAUUGUUCAUAUAAAUGGAGCUAAUUAUUCUCCUGAUCCUAAUACUGGAGUUUAUAAUUCACAUAAUAUGAAUACUGAAGAAGAUUUUUACUUUUCUGAUAUAGAUUCUGGUGAAGAUAUAAAUGAUGAGUGAAAAAUUUAUUCUUAAUUUUUUUCCAUACAAAUGAAAAAUAAAUUGUUAAUAAUUAUAAACCUUGUGUAAAAUAUAAUGAUAAAUGUUUUUGCUAUGUUGAGAGUGGCCACAAAAUGGGUUGGGUAAUUUUAUCAAUCAGGAGAAAAUCCGGGAAUUUAACAACAAGGGAAAUAAAGUAACUUGAACUUGUA